CACCAUGCCGUUUCUGAAUACUUGGAAGUGGCUGGGCAUCAACUUCGACGAAUGGCUCCUGCUGCAGAGCGGGAAGACUGACCUGAAGUACAUGUCGCGCUGCCACGCCUUCGAGAAGGACUGGGUCACGUGUGCUCAYGGUAUCGGGCAGACCCGGGCCAAGAAGGAGUGCCAGCUGGAGUAUGAGGAUUUCCUAGAGUGCUUCAACCAAACGAAGACGCUCCAGAGGAUACAAGCCAUCCGUAAGCAGCGUGACAAGAUGAUAAAGGAGGGAACGUACACGCCGCCGCCGCACCACUCAGGGAUGGUUGACGACACGCCCUGAAGGAGCUGCUCACGCUGCACCUCCGCUGUCAUCAAUCAGAUUUCACUUUUUCUCUUCAGCUGUACAAAUUUACAAAUAAAUGUUGUCAUCCACCGA